GCCUAUCCGAAGGCAAUGUUUUGAGUGCAGUGAAACGAGAGGUAGAGCGGUGAGACUUGAGGGCACUUAGGAAAUCUGUUGAACACAGAUUGUCUGUAGAGCAGAAAAAGCAGAAAGAGAGGUUUGACAAGACGAGGAUACAAGCUUAAAAGUAUCUAGUGGAUGAUGUCGUCAUGGUGUUGAAGACGGAUGCACCGUGUACUGGUGCCAGCAGAAAAUUGGUGCCGAAAUAUAAGGGACCUUUUAAAGUGACGAAGGUUCUCUAUAACGGUCGAUACGAGGUGGUUGACCUGAGAGAAAACUACAAGAGAUACAAGACUGUAGUUGCUACAGAUAAGAUGAAACCAUGGAUCUUACUACGUGAUGCUGAUUUUUCUGGGUCUGAGGACAGACACAGCAGCAGGAUGGCCGAAUGUGAUGAAUCUUCAAACUAGACAUACAUUCUUGAUGCGCCACUGGUACUACCGUGUAGCCAAGGGACAAGGAAUGCGGGUGGAGGUGUCGGACGAGA